AUUAUUUUGGAUUGUGAUAUAGUUAAUAAAAUGGAAAUCCAAGCCCCAAAAAGACAGGACUCGCUCUGGAUAGCCUUCGUUAGGCAAGUGAACCUCGUGCUGGUUGCUAUUGAGAUCUUCGGAAUUGCUUAUGUUAUUUGGAGGACUCCAGAUUAUGGGUUUUCUGUCCCAUUGUUAUUUCUUGAUUUGCUUCCAAGUAUGCUGUACCAACUUGACAACAAAUUGGCAAACUCAGCCCUUUUCAAUUGGUUUGCUCACUUAAUGAGCAGCCUCGAGCUUGGUCUGAUCUUCGUAGUGAGCUUACUGAUCAUUUUCACUAGCGAAAACCCAGAGGAGAGGUUCUUGGUAGUCCCCUUCCUUAUCUUGAACAUAUCUUCUAUCCUUAUCCCAUUGACUUUGUUGAUCUUGCUUAACCAAGCUUCUCAGAAGCCAAGACUCAUGUACUUGAUCCCAGUUGAACAAAAGGUUUAAACCACCGUCAGAUGUAACAGAGGGUUAAACAUAGACUUUUAUUAAGAAAUUU